AUGCCAUAUGAAUGCACUGGUACUGAUAGUAACCUCGCCAUCAUAACGCAUUGGGGGCCACUUACUGCGGAUCAACCCUUGUUGAAACAACAGCGCGAAUCCCACGGCCCAUUUCGCAUCACUACUCUCGUAUACGGAAGAGGAAAAAAUGGCCUCAUAUCCAACGAACUUGCCGAGAAACUGCGAAUCGUCGACAAUAAGCAAACCACUAAAGUCCCUCCUGUUGUUUGUAUCUCUUGGACAUUCGAAGGACCUGAUCAGAACCUUGAGACCAGUCAAGUUCACAUCGUUCCUGGACUCCAGCAGGAUCUGAUCCUAGGAGACGAUACUGACGAACUCUACCAAAGUGUCCACAUAAACCGUCCUGAAGAAUCAUUGCCUUGUCAGCUCAACACUAGAGAAGACUUCGAGAAACACGGUAUCUUGACUGCAGACAAACGGUCUGAAAACGAGUUAAAAUACCUGAUCAGCCUCUGUGGUUCCAAGACUCAACCGGACAACACCAACACCAACAUUGCUGACUCGGAACCAGAAGACAUUCAAAGACCAUUAGAAGCCAACUUCGGGUCACUGCCUAGCGUAACACCUGAUAGCAUCAGCAACACUGGCUCAGACGCCGACAACUAUAUCAUGGACUUUAGUAAUAGCAUCCAGAAUGUUUCAUUCCCGCAGUUCUCUCAUUCAGGUACUUCUGAUAAACAAUGCGGUGCCUACUACAAUGCUACUGCUCACCCGAGACGCACUCACUCCCAGUCUGGCCUCAAAGAUCACGCCAACAAUUGUGGUUGGGAAUCAUCCCUUGAAUCGACGUCUUGUGCUUCACAGGUAGAUUCUCCCAUCUCCAAUUGGUCCUUCGUAGAAAACGAGCCUGGAGAAAUGGAGGAUCAAGAAGUGAUACAGCAGUGUCAACGAAGCGACUUUGAAACGCACCCGGGCCAUCGCUUCUGGAUUUGGGAUCGUCAAAGGCAACUCUGGCGCCUAAGAGGGCGUGAUGGGCUAGAUGAGAGAGACUGGUUCACGGAAUUGUUUUUUCAAUAA